AUGAUAGAAGAUUCUGGAUUUCGUGCAAUUGCUCAAGAAUUAAUAAGUAUUGAUAAGAUGAUUUAUUUUCAUUUAUUUAGGAACUAUAACACUUUUUAUGGUUUUCUUGUAGGACAUAAAUAUGGAGUAGUUGAUGCUAAUAAUGUUUUACGAGGUCGUCAUACGACAGCCAAAACUAUUUAUGAUCUUGCUGAUUCAUAUAGAGAAUGUAUAAAACAAAAGUUAAUUGAACCACUUCAACAACGUGCUGUUACAAUAUCUUCGGAUUUUUGGUCGGGCACUUAUAAAAAUAUAUUGUACUUGGGAUUAAAUGUUUCAUUUGUUGAUGCUAAUCAUCAAUAUUCUCGAUUGAUCUAUUUUGUCGCUCUUGAAGCACAUUUACUUGAAUUUGGGAUCAAUGAUUUAACUUUGAUCAACAUUUUAUGCGAUAGAGAUUCAAAUUUUGUAACACACUUUCGAGAUUAUGAUCCAUUAUUUUGUUUUGAACAUCGCCUUAAUAAUAUUCUGAAAACAUCAUUUUUUCAGAGUGCAAAAAAAACAAGAAAAAGCUCCUAUUCAAUGUCGAUAGUUGAUAUUACUACAUCAUCAAAUAUUAGCACAGUAACAAAAGAACAGAAAGAUGGUGUACCAAGUAUAAAUGAUAUUUUAUCAAGUGAAGAAGAAUCUGAAGAUGAUGAAGAUUUAUCAACAUCAAUUCCAGUGAUACGCAAACGAAAACAAAAUAUUUUAAAAUUAAAAGGCGAUAAUCAACAGUUGUUACCAAAAGUAUCAAUUGAUAAUAUUUCUGGUGAAGCAAAAGCUGUUUUUAUUGCAUUACCACAAUGUAAAAAGAUUGUAAAAUUUAUCAAAAAAGUAGUUAUUUGGAAGUUUUAG